AUGCCCGAAGAUCAAAGCUUUCACCUUAACCCCCAGGUCUGGGAUGUUUCCCGACGCAGGCUGCCCGAGAAAGAAGAAACGGGUGGUCUUACCAAGGCGCAGAUGAGGGCGCGAGAGAAUUGGGUGGUUAGACUGAAGUUCACACAAGAUGAAACUGCGGAUGAGAAAGUGGGCACGGGAUUCUUCCUGAACAUCCCCAAAGCCAAGUGGUAUAUCAUCCUCACAGCAGGACAUAAUCUCAUAGACCAAAGCGGCAAUCCCUCCAAGAGCCUGAUCAUUCAGCGACAUAACCACGAACCCAUGAAGCCACUAGACCCCCCGCCGUUCGUAUGUCCAUCUUACCGCCGAGGAGGUAAUCCGGACGAUGACUACGGCGUCAUUCUCAUCCCCAGGCGGUUCCAGGAGAGCAAAGAUCCCAGAAAAGCCCCGGAAUCACUGGACGCUGAUCUAGGAUUUGGGUUCGCGUUGAAUCUGGGCCAUGAGAAUCUCCGCAAGAAGAAACUCGAGCUCGCGGGAUACUUCCCCCGGGAGAAAGAAGACGGCAAGGCGCAGAAGACGGACGAACUUGAGCCUCUUGACAUAUCUAGUGGAGAAUGUCUGGCGGCUCGUCCAGGCCAUCUGGAGUACAAGAUCGAGACAGCCCAAGGUUUGAGUGGAUCGCCAGUGUUUAUGCCGUACAAUGGCCACGAGGCGGUGGUGGCAAUCCAUAAUAACGGCCCGGCCAGGCCCGGAAAAGGAAGCACAGGAGCUCGAUUGAACGCUACAGUCCUCAAACAGAUCUUCGAAUGGGCCGAUCUCAGCCAACGUCGCAAGACCUUGAGGGUCGCUCCCGAGAAGCCGGAAAAGAACAAGGAGCCGGAUCCGUUGUAUCUGCAUUUUACCCCUGGCGAGGAGGCUGCAUGGGUCCACUGGAGCGAGGAGGAUCUGAACACAAGAUUUGAUGUGUUUCCAGCCUAUGCACCAACGCCUCGCGUGGCCGCAAGCAUGCUCCAUGUCUUCCAGCUUGUCCCGCCACCAGACUGGCCGGAAUCAAGACAGGGGCGGCAGUGGGUUUUGUGGAAUGCCAUGGAAAAUGAUGUAGUCCUCACGGAUACCCUGCAGCGCUUCUGUUUUGUAGAGCUGAAGCAAUCGAAGAAGGGGAAGAUGUUCUCGGUUGUGGUGAAGUUGAAUGAUGCUGGGAGGGAACAGCGCUUGUCAUGUCUGGUUAUGAACGGAGAUGAUUUUGACGAGGAGGUCGAUUUGAAUAUUUCGGGCAUUACGUUUGAGAAGUAUACUAGUGGCAAACCGGUCAAGUAUAAUACCUUUGACUGGUACGACUUACCCGCUUGA